GGUCACGUGGCUCUCCUCCACCCCCGCUACAACCUGCUGCUGCUGCGCGGUGUUCCCAGAGUGCACCGCUCCGCUCUGAGGGUGUGUGUGUGGAUGAUGGCUGCUGCUGCUGGUGUGAGAUCAGCUCUGUGUAGUCUGUAGAGGAUGAACUGAGCCUGUAUCCGACUCCUCAUCGACCUGACAGAGACCGCAGCAGCUCGCGCUCCGCUCCUGUGAGGAAAUGCCCUCUCCUAAAGCCAGAAACAGCGCUGGCGGAGGCGGCGGCGGCGGCGGCAGUAUUGGUGGUGGUGUGGGCGGAAACAGCGGGCGGUACGAGUUCAUGUCGCUGAGCCGCUCCGCUCCUCCGUCGGGUCUGCAGCGCCAGGGCUCGGACCCCACAACGGCGCGCCUGCGGGCGGCGGACAGCCCGACCCGGCGGAGGGGCUCCGGCUCCUCCACCUCCUCCACCGGCGGACAGCAGCUGCCGGAGGAGGACUGCAUGCGGCUGAACCCCUCCAUGAUCGGCAUCGCGCUCAGCUCCCUGCUCGCUAUAGACCUGUGGCUGUCUAAGCGGCUCGGGGUGUGCGCCUGUGAGGAGUCCUCGUGGGGGAGCGUGCGGCCCCUCAUGAAGCUGGUGGAGGUGUCCGGACACGGGAUACCCUGGCUGGUCGGUGCCGCGUACUGUUUGUACAAGAGCGACAGCGCCGCGGGGCAGGAGGUCAUGCUCAACCUGCUCAUGGCUUUGGUGUUGGAUCUGGUGCUGGUGGGCAUAGUUAAAGCUGUGGUGCGUCGCCGGCGUCCUGCCCACAACCGCAUGGACAUGUUUGUCACAUUCUCAGUGGACCGAUAUUCCUUCCCAUCAGGCCAUGCCACGCGUGCUGCCAUGUGUGCCCGCUUCCUGCUGGCCCACCUCGUGCUGGCCGCCCCCCUCCGUGUGCUCGUUCUGCUCUGGGCGGUCUUCGUUGGUUUCUCCCGGGUCUUCCUUGGGCGCCACAAUGUGACGGACGUAGCAUUCGGAUUCUUUAUGGGCUACUGCCAGUACAACCUGGUGGAGGCCCUGUGGCUCUCGCCACUUAUGCUGCAAAGCAUGAUGGGACAAUUGGAGUAAAGUUAAGGACUACUGGGCUAGAAAAUGGUAAGCAGAAGGAUAAGGAGAGCCCAGUACACUAAAAAGGUGGAACGAAUGGGCUGCUGCUGUCCUCACUGCAGUAAAAACUCCAUGUUGUCACCUGUUUUAUUUGUUGUGAGUUUUGAGUAGUGUAUGUCUACUAAAUGUUUGAAAUAUAAAUGUAAUGUGAGUUGUUCACCUGCAACGAGGGUCCAAGCGGGUCUUUUUAAAUCAAGCAUUUAAAUAAUUGCUUUAAUGAGUUAAAAAGAUUCCAGAAGUGAUGGCCUCUGACCACUACUGACAUGCUGCUGCAUGACUUCACUGUGUUUGUGCACCAUCACCCUACUUGUCUAAAACUUGUCUAAAGCAAUAUGAUCUUUGACAAGGGAUUACCCAUAAUGCACUACUCCAUCCAUAAACUUCUAGCUGCAACUCUAGCCAUAAAAUCUGUCAUUUUGCUCCAUGUAUUGGUAAAAAUGUUGCGCCGUAUGUUUUGAAAAUUAGUGUCGAAUACAAAAGAUGAUUUUUACUUGAAUAUUUAAACAUGAAGGGUGAGCGAGCUCUCAGCACUGUCCACUUUCUUUGGAGAAAGCUUUUGAGCCAUACUGUGCCAAUUUGGGACCAUUAAUGAUGUUUAAAGCAGGCUGGUUUAUUGUAUUUAUUUAUCUUUUAAUUUUAAAAGACUUUUCAUGGUUUUAAUUCUUACCUCCGUCUUUCCUUUAGUCUUUUAAUUCAAUGCUGGUUACAGAAGUGAGAAACGCGAAAUACUAAACAGUUGCCUCUCAUAGUGCAAUCAUGAAUAAUUUCAGAUUUAUUUGUGGUUUGUUCACCUGUGGGAUUUUAGCAAAGCUGCAAGAGCGCUUCCUUUAAACCUCAUUCCUUGGUAAAGAUUCAAUUGUUCACACAAGUAACGUUAAGAUGAUAUAAUUGUCUUUCAGUGCUUUAGUGCAGGGGCUGGCAAUAUGAUAUGUUAUAAAAUCCCAUUCCAGUUGCAGUCCUAAGCUGUGCUCCUUGCUAUCUUCUGUGUGGAAAGGGAACAACUCAACCAAUCAGCUGAAAGACCAAUUAUUAAACCUACUGUCCUUUAGUGAUUAGCCUGUAAAAAAAAAAAUCAUUCAUCAAGAACUAAAUUGUACUACACUGUGUGCUUUUCCUUUUAAUUUUACUUAAAAAAAACUCUUUACAUUACCUUCCAGUGGAAGUUGAGACAUUCUUUUUUACCAUAUUGCCCAUCCUUGACAUUUAAUAUGUUUAAAAUAUGCUGUAAAUCCAGGGCCUGUGUCUUAAAAUGGUAGGAGGGCUGAUCAAGGAUUGACGCCUCCCUGAAUCCCGUUUGAUCAUAAACUUACAGAUAGGAACAAAUCCUAGAUCAGCACUCCUGCUCUGAAAAGCUCCUGCUCCUGAACACUGUCCCUAAUGUUGGAGCCACUGCUGGAUUAUGUAUCUUUUUAUUGCACUUUUUAUUAAUGAUAUUCUGUUACUGGGGGGAGACUACUGUGAGUACAAAGGGAUUUUUGGUUUGAUGUUCCUCCAUGAGCAAUUUGGUUGAGAGCUUUGCACUGGAGGCAGCAGAAAAUGAGAGUAUUACGCAGGUACUCUAUCUGUUGCGUUUCGAGUCAGCAGCACUGUGUAAGGCCUUAGAUCCUGGAAUAGGUAUGUGUGUGUGUGUUUGAGAUAAAUGGAGAGAGACACCGUUUUAGUCCUCAGUCCUUAGGCUGAAGCCACCGCACAACCUCCUUUCACAUUGAUAAUUUCAGUAAUGCUAUCCCUUUUUCCCAUUAAAGCCAUAAAGACCAAGAGAAUUAUUUCAUUAUGACCACUUUUUAUCUCCCUGUUCUGUCAUAAAACAGAUACCACACCAUCUGUUACCCUCUGGCCCCUGUGUUCCUGUCUUUUCUCUGUUCCCUUGCUAUCCCCCCUGUUCCGUCUCACUUUAUCCGCCUCCACAUUCUUCAGGUCCAGCUGCAGUAUGCAUUUGCUUAUGUAACCUCUCUAAAGCUGCUGCUGGAGUUAACCAGUUACAGUGUGGUUGUGUGACUAUCAGCCUAUUUAGCUAAACAUUAAGAACUUGUUAUUCUGUCCUGGUUACUGUAUGUCUAACAAAGAUACAAAGCCUAUUUUGAUGGUGCAUGUUUAUAGAGCAGUGAGGAGCCAUUUUCAGUGGCAGUUUAUGUAUUCUUGACUGUUUUUGACUGUUUAUUUUUUGGCAAUAAUAUAUUUACAUCACUCUGUCGAUUCUCAUAUCUGCAAUAUAAGAGGAUGAGAAAUCAAAGGCCUGCCAAAGGUUUAUUGUAAUCUUUGAAUUGCAAUAAUGUAUGUAGUGUUUUACUGUGGUGUUUAUUGGCUAGGAAUCAUGUGUACUUCUCUGGAGAACAAGGCUACAGUGGUGCAUUGUUUAGGGCAGUGUGUUAAUGAGUUGAUUAGAUGAAUCAGGUGUGUUGGGAGAAGGGAAAGCCAUGAAUCUCCAGGGAAAGGGGAUCUAAGGACCAGGACUCAAGAACCCUUCUUUUAGUAUAUGUUUUCGCAUACCUCAGAAUGCUGUUUCUGCAUCAGUCUUGCUGUUAAACUGCUGAGAUCAGUUCAGCAGAAUCAUUGGUCUUAAAGUGCCCCCUGCACAGCUGCACAUUACAGAGUCUUCCUGCUCCAUCACAUCCACUUUAACUCACCAAUGGGUUGUUAGCCAGUUGAAUUGGGUGUGUUGAGAGCAAGUUUAACACUGUAGCUGUGUCUAAAUCAGUUCCCUGUUCACUAGCCCUUACAUGUGAGUAUUCACAUCAUUAUAUAGAGCACUGUAUUGCACUAUUUUAGGCAAUAGAGAAGUGUAUGUUAAUAACCUCUUUGCUCUGCACCUGCAGAAUUUCUCAAACCAGACAAUGCAUUGAUGUAUGGGUAUUUCAUAUAUGAAUAAGUACAUUUUUGUAUGCGUAAUAUAAUACAGUGCAUUGUUGGAUGGUGUACUGAAAAUUAAGCUACGUUUUUGAAUCCACUACAGAAUACCAGAAACCUAAAGUAGUGCACUAUAUAGUGAAUGGGGCACUGUUUCAUACACAGAUUAAAUUGGUAGAACCAGGGGGUAGUCUAACACUUCAAAGAGAAAAUUACUUUAGGUGUAGUAAAAACCUGAUAAAGAGUACUAACCUUUUGUUGAAUAGCCCACCUCUGCUCUCCCACAGCUUUCCGAGAUCCAGUAUUUUUGUGCUUUUUGCCCAGUGCAUCUCGGAAAGCUGUGGGAGAGCCAAGGUGUGCUAUUCAACAAAGGUUAGUACUCUUUAUUAUGUUUUAUUACACCAAAAGUCCAUUUUACACCGGCGUUCUUCUUUAAAUGCUGUGAGUUCUUUGUCAAUAUAGGCCUCAGAAGGGUGUUUCACAUAGCAGGGUCUCUCUGUUUAAUUGGACAACAUAAGCCCAAGUGUCUACUUGCAAUAUCCCAUACAUCUGUUUACUGCUGAUGUCUGUCUGUCUGUCUGUCUGUCUGUCUAAGCUAGACGUUUAACUUGAGACUUGAGUUUGGCUAAUUGAUAAAUCCUGCUCUGUGAAAUACUUGCAAAGUGUUUUUAGUAUGCCUUCAUCUUCUGUGACUUCACCAGCUCUUUACUGUGGAUAUAGAAAUUAUUAUCUAAAGUUUGACUGUUGUAUUAUGUAAAGUCAGUUUUCAACCAUAAUAAAAUAUAGUCCAAAAGGCAGACUCUUAGGUUAAAGUAAUAUAUGUAUGUUUGAGUGUGGUGUGAUGUGAUGUGAUGUGAUGCGUAUAUUCCAAACUCAUUACGUGAUUGUAUUUUUUAAAAUAAAAUACAUACAUUUGA